AUGGCUGGCAUUCACGAAGCUGCUACCCUCGUCGUGCAUGAUGAUCCAUCUCAACAAGAGACCCAGACUCUGGUUGUGAACGAUGGCUCCGGUGCAGAUGAACAGCCACAGGCUGAUGGUGCUGCCCAGGAACAUCCGCAGGCCGAUGGUGCUCCCAGCGAACAGCCGCAGGCCAAUGGUGCUCCCAGCGAACAGCCGCAGGCCGAUGGUGCUCCCAGCGAACAGCCGCCGCAGGCCGAUGGUGUAGCUCAGCCAGGACCUGGGCAGUCAUCUACGGCUACUGGCGGUGAUGGGGGUGGCGAUGAUGAUCAAGGUGUGCGAGAUGUGCAAAAGGCCAUCGUGAACUUUGCCACCCACCACAAGCUGGAUCCAAAGGGGGUUACAAAGCAGCAAGUGGUCCGAUCUGCCGAAGGAAUUGUGUUCUGGGCUACAAAGCACGAAGACGUUUCGGCGAGGGGCUCGCACGCACAGGCAAUGAAGCGAGCAUUCAAGUGGCGGCCCGACAUGAGUGCCGCUUACCAGGUGCUUACCGAUGCGAUGAAAGUGGACUUCCGUCGUGCCUGGACAGCUACGAAAUCUUUCGAUUUCAUGACGACUCGUCGUACUACGACGACGAGCUUCCGCAAACGACGAGACGAAGCCGGCAGGUUUGUCACCAAGCUGCAGCUCAUCAACAUCCUCGGCGGCUGCGACCAGCCGGAGACCUACUUUUGGGUGGAGACCUUGAUCAGCUCCACCAACGAGCAGCAGUGGACCAACACGGUCACCGUCGAGGCUACUGAGGCCGUGCCCAACAGCUUAGCCGAAAAGGUUAUCCUGUGCAAAGCUAUGAGGGCCUAUGCUCACGCGAUGAAGAAGCCGCUUGGGUCCGUGACGGAGAAGGAGGUUGCUGACACUAAAUUGGGCCUCAAGGGCUACGCCGAGCUUUAUACUACCUUGGCCGAGCACAUCGGCACCCCCAAGAUGGAUGGCAGCAACAAUGCACCCUUCGCCCACACGGGAAUGGCUGCUGUCACAGAAGGCAAAGCCAACAAGAAUAAGAGGGCCAAGCAGCAGGGGAUGGAUGAUCAGCAGCCAGCCGGCGACGAUGAGAAGGAGAACUCCAGUCCUGAUCCGACGCCGAAGAAGCCCCGAAAAGAUCAAACGGGGCCGAGAAAAGAAAAGGAGGUGAAGGAGUUGCUCGCCAUGGAGCAGAGUUCCGAUGUUUCUAUGGGGCGAAUCAUGUCGGAGUUUGGAAAAAACCCCGCAGAUUGGUCUUGGGCCAAGGAGUUGAUCGCCGACUACAAGACCUAUCGCACUGAGGUUCUCAGGCUCUACUGUGAAGUUCCCGGGUUCCAAUCGCUCAAGGUUGCUGCCCUCAGCCCUAAGGAGAGUGCAAAGGUCAAGAAGGAAUGGGGCGAGGGCUACGUGGGCAAGCUGGUGGAGUUUGUCACUGUUGCCGGGCCGCAGAUCCAGAAGAUGGCUGAGGCUGCAUUCGGCAUCGAAAAGAUGUCAGCUGCGAAAAAUCAGGCCGCCGAUUUCCUCAAUGCCAAGCCAAAGGCUAAGGCGAAGAGCAAGAGUAAGGCUGCCCUGAAACGUUCCGCUUCGUCUAAGUCGCUGCCGUCUGUGUAG